AUGUCUGAGGUACAUUCUCAAACAAAUGUCAACGAUAAAAUGUCAAGUUUAAUGAAGGAAGCUGAAAGUUUGAAAUCUAAGUUAGAGGAAGAACGUCAAAAAUUGAAUGACGUUAGUUUGUCAUCAAUAGCAGAACGUUUGGAGCAAAUAGCAUUUGUUAACAUCAAGCCUCGUAAAGUCUUAAAGGGCCAUCAGGCCAAAGUAUUGUGUACAGAUUGGAGUCCCGAUAAGCGUCAUAUAAUUUCCUCGUCACAAGAUGGUCGACUGAUUAUAUGGGAUGCUUUUACCACAAAUAAGGAACAUGCCGUCACCAUGCCAACAACUUGGAUAAUGGCUUGUGCAUAUGCACCUUCUGGAAAUUAUGUAGCCUGUGGAGGUUUAGAUAAUAAGGUUACGGUCUAUCCUAUAACUUCGGAUGAGGAAAUGGCUGCAAAAAAGAGAACUGUUGGAACACAUACCAGCUAUAUGUCUUGUUGUAUAUAUCCCAAUUCUGAUCAACAAAUUUUAACGGGAAGUGGUGAUUCUACUUGUGCAUUGUGGGACGUCGAGUCAGGUCAACUUUUGCAAAGCUUUCACGGACACUCGGGCGAUGUCAUGGCUAUUGAUCUGGCACCAAACGAAACUGGAAACACCUUUGUAUCGGGUAGUUGUGAUAGAAUGGCUUUUAUAUGGGAUAUGCGUUCUGGUCAAGUAGUGCAAUCGUUUGAAGGACAUCAAUCAGAUGUGAAUAGUGUAAAGUUCCAUCCAAGUGGCGAUGCUAUAGCUACUGGCUCCGAUGACAGCAGUUGUCGUUUGUUUGAUAUGCGCGCCGAUCGUGAAGUGGCUGUUUUUUCCAAAGAAAGUAUUAUAUUUGGUGUAAAUUCUGUUGAUUUCUCUGUAAGCGGACGUUUAUUAUUUGCCGGAUACAACGAUUAUACUGUUAACUUAUGGGAUACAUUAAAAUCGGAGCGAAUUUGUCUACUAUAUGGCCACGAGAAUAAAGUAUCUUGUGUUCAAGUUUCACCUGAUGGUACUGCUCUUUCAACUGGAAGCUGGGAUUAUACAAUUCGAGUUUGGGCUUAAA